UUAAUUUUUUGAAACUGUUUCAGAGGCUCUGCUAUUGCUCAGACACUUCCUGGUUCGUCACAUGUUUAUUGACACUGCUCUACAUCUGGUAUUGUGGACUCUUCAGGUCCACGCUGGGUGGAUGUUCAUGGAAGGUACUGGAAGACUGGGGACAUUUUCUCAAACUGGCAAUCGCUGGACUGGUAAUGACCAUUGCUGAAUUGUGUACAAUUGAAAGCGGGAUUUUCCUUAACGGUGUCUUUGGUGUAGUUGAACAAGGGGCGAUGUCCAUUUCCUUACAGAUAGACUGGUGUCUUUAUGUUAUAACAUUGGGCCUUGGAGUGGCGUGCAGCAUUAGGGUUGGACACAACCUCGGGGCAGGGGACGGUCAGGGAGCGAAGACAGCCUUCCGGGUGGCCCUAUUCACAUUAUUUUGCUUGAAUUUUGUCACGACAAUACUUUUAGUCAGUCUUAAAGAUGUGGCUGGCUUGCUUUUUACCAGUGAUCGGGAUGUUGUGGAAAUGGUCUCUAAAAUCCUUCCAAUUUUGAUUGUGGUUCAAGCCUCAGAUGUUGUCUACGGCGUCUGUAGUGGGGCUUUGCGCGGAUGUGGCCAGCAGUGGAAAGGCGGAGUUCUCAAUUUCGUCGGAUACUGCUUUAUAUCAGUACCAGCUAUCGUCGUCUUCAUGUUUUACACCAAAUUAGGAGCAUUAGGGUUUUGGUGGGGUAUUGUCGCCGGUAUGGUGCCGAUAGCUGUGGUCUACGUCAUCAUCGUAUUUCGGAUAGACUGGCAGAAGGAAGCCGUCAAGGCUAGUCGGGACAACAAAGAAGUGCUUGACACAAGUCUGACGACGAAGUCUGACUCCACGAUAACCGAGUUUGGUGCCCGUGACUUUCGGAAAGUACCAUCAGAGGAAAAUCAUAUCUGCGACGAGGACAAAGAACUGAGCCAGCCCAUAUCCCAAAAAAGCACCGAAGAUACAUCACUGAUUGAUAAUGACAAAACAAGCGGGCGAAGGAAGCCUCACCUUAUAUUCACGCGAUUGCUAACCUGCGGUGUAGUCAUUGUUAUCUUGGUGGCAUCAAUUUGUGUUCGUCUGUUCGUUAAAAGCUGACGUCGUGAUUUACCGGACAUAAUAA